GCAGUCUAUGAUGUCUACUUGCAAAAAGACCAGCUCUCCAUUAUAAGAACAGUACAGUGCAAUACAAAUGUAUUUUUAUAUAGCGCCCUGCAGACAUGCCAUGGCAUCCCAGAGUUAAAAACAGCUCAAAUAUACAAAGCACUCCAGUUACAACCGAUUACCUAAAAGCACUUUUUUUUUUUUUUUUAAAGUAUGUUUCCAGUUUAGACUUCAAAGAAUCCAGUCUUAUACCACCUGUUUCGUGACGUCGACCUGAAAAGAGUUCCACAAGCGAGGAGCGCGACAGCGAAAAUUCUCUGGCUCCAUCCCGGAUUUAAUGCAAAGACAGCACUCAGCAAAACGACGGUGCUGGAGCAGCAGCGGAGUGUGGUCAACACGGCGCUGUCAAAGUCAGUCACAUCUCAAUCCACUCUGAUUGCGAGUAUCCCAGAGAGACGGCAGCAGGGACUUCUAUCUGUUCCUGAAACAAAACGAAAAAACAAACAAACAAAAACCCUGAAGAAACUCCUUGUGUGUGUCCGGAAUCACUGAAUGGGUGUGAACUUGACCAACAAGAUGGAAGACUGGAGUAUCCAUGAGACGAUAUCCUUUAAUGUGAUUGAUGACAACUGGAAUUUUAACUAUAACGACACCGACUAUAACGACUCAGAGUCCAGUGACUCCUGCUGCGGUCAGGUGUGUACCCAGCAUGCAAUGAUGUCCUUUGACCGGGUCUUCCAGCCCGUGCUGUACUCCCUGGUCUUCGUGCUGGGGUUGCUAGGGAAUGGGCUGGUCAUAGCCGUGCUGCUGCAGUUCAAGCGCACCUGGAACGUGACGGACACUUUCAUCCUCCACCUGGCGCUGGCCGACUCUCUCCUGGUCAUCACGCUGCCCUUCUGGGCCGCCGAGGCCGUCCACGGCUGGGUCUUCGGAACCGGGUUCUGCAAGAUCGUAGGGGCCACUUUCAAGGUGAACUUCUACUGCGGGAUAUUCUUGCUGGGCUGCAUCAGCUUGGACCGCUACCUGUCCAUCGUCCACGCGGUCCAGAUGUACAGCAGAAGGAAGCCCUGGGCGGUCCAGGCCAGCUGCGUGACCGUGUGGGGGAUCUGUUUCCUCAUGAGCGUCCCUGACCUGGUGUUCCUGGAAGCCAUGCAGGACGACAGGAGAGACGGCCGGAUGGAGUGUCUCCACAACUACGGCAUUGGAGAGGCGGGAAAGUGGAGGCUCUUCUCCCGGCUCCUGUACCACAUCGCAGGGUUCUUCCUCCCCUCCGCGGUCAUGGUCUUCUGCUACACCAUGAUCCUCCACACGCUGGGCAAGUCCCAAGGCCUCCAGAAGAGAAAAGCCAUGAAGGUGAUCCUGGCUCUGGUGGUGGCAUUCUUUGUGUGUUGGACUCCCUACAACGUGGUCAUCUUCCUGGACACCCUGGUCUCGGAGAGAGCGAUGGAGUCAACCUGCGAGAUGCAGAAUUUCCUGGACAUUGGGAAGACCGUCACCUCCUGUCUGGGGUACCUGCACUGCUGCCUGAACCCCGUCCUGUACGCCUUCGUGGGGGUGAAGUUUCGCAAUAACCUCCUGGAUGUUUUGAGCGCGCUCGGCUGCAACAUCAAGAAAAACGUCCGGCCGGUCGGGAGGAGGGGAUCCAACUGGUCGGAAUCUGGGGAUACUUCAUACUCCGGAAUCUGAGGGUUUUGAGUCAAAUUGUUAAUGUAAUAGUUUUUUUUAAUAAAUAACCCUGAAUGUUAUGAAAGUAACUAUAUAGUG